AUGUCUGCGUUGAAUGUGGCACACACUGAAUGCAAAUACACAGCUGACAAAUACCUUGAGUAUGAAAGAAACUUGAAGAUUCUCAGUAUAAUACUUUGCUUCUCUAACAUCUAUCGUCAUAUAUUUUUCAACCACGAUCUCAGAAUAAGCGCCUUGAAAGAGGAAAACAAAUCUAGUCAAUAAAAUGCUAAGGAGGACUAAUUAAAGCAAUAAUAAAAAGAGGAAUUUGAAAAUGGAAACCAAUUACUAAAGAUAUUCUGUAUAUUCUUUAGCGUCAUCCUUUUUGUAAUGUUGUACUGGCAUGAAGUUAGAAACCAUUAUCUUAAUCAAGAAGAUUUUCAAGUCGAUUAUUUUAGUCCUUAGGUAGGAAGGAAAAAUAUCUAGCUGGUCUAUACUUUUAAUCCAAGCAUCAUAUUCAAGGUUUUACUAAAUAACUUUAGUUACUUGUCCUCUCUUGUUCUAAUGACUUAUGCAUUCAAGAGAGUUCAGUUCAUGAGAAGAAACUAACAAAAGACUAAUUAGCAAAAGUUUUAGCUAUUUAUCAGAGUAUUUUACGUGAUUUUGCUUUCACAUGUUGGCUACCUUGGUAUAUUCAUGGAAAUUAUUUGGAACUAUAAUCCAGUUUUUUUCACUGUCCUCGAUUGGUACAACAUAUAUUCUAAUUUCAUUUGCAUCUCAGCAAUUCUAAACAAUAGACUAGAAAAAUUCAUAGCUAUUACUAUAAUCUACAUUUCUAUCAUCAUUUCACAUGCCUUAAGCUCAAUAUUGAUUGGUAAUUCAGUCCCUCUGGAGAAUCAUUCAAACACUUUGAUAUUUUGA